AUGGCGGAGAAAGCCCCAGUCACUGAUUAUCAGCAGAGGGUGUAUGCACUGCUUCGACAGAUACCAUCUGGGCGAGUGUCGACAUAUGCUGCACUCUCAAAAGUUCUAAGCUCGAGUCCUCGAGCCGUUGGUGGUGCGCUUCGAAGGAAUCCAUUUGCAGCUGAGGUGCCCUGCCAUCGUGUGAUCAGUGCGAAUGGUUAUAUUGGCGGCUUCUUGGGAGAGUGGCACGAAGCUCCUAGUGGCAUCAACCAAACAAAGAAACUGGAACUGCUCAAGCAGGAGGGCGUUCUGUUCACUGAGAAGGGCAUGCUAGUCGAGCAAUCACGAUUUUGGGACGACUUUACCCUUUGA